GAUGAGGAGUGGAGGGUGGGUUUAAGCCGAAACAAAAAACCAGUGCGGCGGCGGCGGAGAGCAACUACAAGAGCGUGAAUGGGAGAAGACAAAGCAGAGAUGGUGACUCCGGGAGAAGUGCUAGGCAGAAGCUCCGACGUCAAACCCGGAAGAGGAGCAUACACCGCCGCUCACAACAAAACCGUCUACGCCUCCUUAACCGGCUUCCGCCGCACCACGCCUCCCGAACCGGACUCUCCUGACCAGAGACCCACUGUUGAAGUUACUGGUCACAAGGCUCAUGGUCCUGUUCCUCAACCUGGAUCUGUUGUCAUUGCACGGGUCACCAAAGUGAUGGCUAGGUCAGCUUCAGCUGAUAUCAUGUGUGUUGGACCAAAGUCUGUUCGAGAAAAGUUUACUGGCAUCAUCAGGCAGCAAGAUGUUAGAGCAACUGAGAUUGAUAAAGUAGAGAUGCACUUAUCUUUUCGUCCUGGUGACAUCGUUAAAGCUCUUGUGCUUUCGCUUGGAGAUGCACGGGCGUACUUUCUGUCUACUGCAAAGAAUGAACUUGGUGUUGUUUCUGCAGAAAGCACUGCUGGUGCAACUAUGGUUCCUAUAAGUUGGACAGAGAUGCAGUGCCCAUUAACUGGUCAAAUUGAACAAAGAAAGGUUGCAAAGGUUGCAAGACACCGAGUGUUGCAUAGCUCCAAUUCAACAAUGGCUUCAGCUUCGCUUCAUCUCCUUCCAUCUCUCUCCAGACUCUGUUAUUCAAUAGCCCCUCUUUCCCAUCAUCACACUCACCAAUUCUCUUCCAUAACCUCACUCAGAUUCUCCACGUUCUCUUCUUCUAGCAGUACCAUUUCUCUCCCCAAACCUCUCACUGUGUGUUUCGCUCUCACAGAGCCCAAUUCACCCAAAUCCCUAGACCCUGAUCCUCAAUCUCUUCUACAAGAAAUUGCUGACAGUUUUGAUCUUCCUUCUGAUUACUUUUCACAGUUUCCCAGUGAUCUUCGAUUAGACUUAAAUGACGCGGCGUUCGACCUUUCCAAUGGACCUGUCUUGGAUGAGUGUGGCCAAGAGCUGGGACAGACAUUGCUAAACCUCUCUCGAGCGUGGGAACUUGCCGAUACAUCAACCUCUCACUCAUUAGUGGCGAAGCUUCCUUUGUUGGAGGCUAAUUUGACAGGCACUGCCAAAUCAGCCCUUGGCAAGCGUUUGGUAUCUGCUGGAAGAAGAUUUCAAUCAAUGGGGCAGUAUGGCCAAGGUGAGCCACAAAAGAUUGCAAAAGCAAUGAUUGCAGCUGGGAGAGUUCUAUCUGCCAGUUCAACAUCUGCAGUAAUAGAUGAACAACCCAAAGAGGAAACCAGAAUGCUGAAGUUUGGAGAUUUGCAGGUUGAAGUAACACUGGAAAAAGCCAUUAUUGGGGCUGUAAUUGGAACUAUUUUUGGGGUUCUUUCAUGGGAAAUAGCUCAAGGAAUUCAAAGCGUUCCUGAGAGUUCUUCGCAGUAUGCAAAUGACAGUGCCUUUGCACUUGCUAAGUCUUUAAGGGGAGCAUUGAUUUCCCUUUUCUACGCCUCCACGCUCUUGUCUGCAUCUACAUCGGUGGGACUUGUUCUACUUGCAAUACAACUCAAACACAACAUGGCUUCUCUCUCUUGCUCAGCCACAGACCUCGCUCCACUCUUAACCGCCACAACCAACGCAACCGCAACCGCCGCCGCCACCUACCUCUGCAACCAGCUCGAUACAAUCUCCAGGAAGCUCAGCGACACCACCUAUGCCGUUGACAACACCUACCUCCUCUUCUCAGCUUAUCUAGUCUUCGCCAUGCAGCUCGGUUUUGCCAUGCUCUGCGCCGGCUCCGUCCGAGCCAAAAACACCAUGAACAUCAUGCUAACCAAUGUUCUUGAUGCAGCAGCCGGCGGCCUAUCCUACUACCUCUUCGGCUUCGCGUUCGCCUUCGGAGCCCCCUCCAACGGCUUCAUCGGCCGCCACUUCUUCGGCCUCAAACACUACCCUUCGCCCACCUACGACUACAGCUUCUUCCUCUACCAGUGGGCCUUCGCCAUCGCCGCUGCCGGAAUCACCAGCGGCUCCAUCGCCGAGAGGACACAAUUCGUCGCCUACCUCAUCUACUCCUCUUUCCUAACCGGCUUUGUCUACCCGGUCGUCUCGCACUGGCUCUGGUCCUCGGACGGCUGGGCCAGCCCCACCCGCACCACUGGCAGCUUACUAUUCGGAUCCGGCGCGAUUGAUUUCGCUGGAUCCGGAGUAGUCCACAUGGUCGGUGGCAUAGCAGGACUAUGGGGCGCGUUCAUCGAAGGCCCUAGAAUCGGCCGGUUCGACCGAACCGGCCGAUCCGUAGCCUUACGUGGACACAGUGCGUCCCUAGUUGUCCUCGGUUCGUUUCUACUAUGGUUCGGUUGGUACGGGUUCAACCCCGGUUCAUUUCUCACCAUAGCAAAAGCCUACGGUAACAACGGCGAAAACGGUAAUUACUACGGUCAGUGGAGCGCGAUAGGGAGAACAGCGGUCACAACCACAUUGGCUGGAUGCACUGCGGCACUCACCACGCUUUUCAGCAAACGGUUAUUGGAGGGCCACUGGAAAGUGCUUGACGUGUGUAACGGCCUGCUCGGCGGUUUCGCCGCCAUCACCUCCGGUUGCUCCGUCGUCGAGCCGUGGCCGGCGAUUGUCUGCGGUUUUGUGGCAGCGUGGGUGCUGAUCGGGCUCAAUUUGGUUGCGGCGAAAAUGAAGUACGACGAUCCUCUGGAGGCGGCGCAGCUUCACGGCGGGUGCGGCGCGUGGGGGGUUUUAUUCACGGGGCUGUUUGCGAAGGGGGAGUACGUGGCGGAGGUUUACGGCAGCGCUGGGAGGCCGUACGGGUUGUUAAUGGGUGGCGGAGGGAAGUUGCUGGCGGCGCAGGUGAUUGAGAUAUUGGUGGUGUGUGGGUGGGUUACGGCGACGAUGGGGCCGUUGUUCUAUGGGCUUCAUAAGAUGAAACUUUUGAGGAUUUCUGAAGAUGAUGAGACUGCGGGGAUGGAUUUGACGAGGCAUGGUGGGUUUGCUUAUGCUUACCAUGAUGAAGAUGAUGUGUCCACCAAGAGAGGGGUCAUGAUGAGUAGGAUUGGGCCUGGUAGUAGUUCUCCCUCCACCAUGAACACGCCGGCGGCGAGCGCCGCCGCCAAUGACUGUUGACGCCGGUUGCUGCUUCUUGAACAUGGGUGCAUAUAUGGUAGGGGUGAAUAUUCUAUGGGAAAUUAUUAAUUUUGUGAUAGAGAAAUAGGUAUUGAAUUUGUCUUUUGCUUGAUUUGUUGAUGUAAAAGAAAGUUAUUAUGAGAAUGCAUGGGGUGAAUGGUGAUGAAGUGAUGUACAAGUGUAUAUGAUCUCAUGGUAGGUGAUGUGCAGUAAAUAAUAUUUUUAUAGGUUUGUGGUUUGGGUUUUGUUUUGAAGUUUGAAAUGAGGGUGUACUCCCUACAAUUGUAAGAAAUUAGUGUCCUCCCAUUCUAUGUUAUUGAAUGUUUUUUUUAUAGGCA